AUGUCCAAUCAAUAUGUUAUCGUGCCUUAAAAUUAUCGAAGUGACAGUAUGGUAAGCAUAUCACCUGCUGACAAACGAUAUUUUGAACAGGCUCAGGCCAAGUAAAAAUCGCCUCCUCAACAAAUGAUGUUCGGAGGGUACUCGCCAUCACCUAGUCUUCAAAAAAGUUUAAGCACUCAAUUAUCAGAACAAAGCAUUGAUGAUUUUAGUAGGAUGUAAAAAGAUUCAGAUACUGAGUUAGUUGUGCAAUAUAUACUUUAAUUGAGAGACGCAGAUAAAAGAGAAUAAGCAUUAUCAGAGUUGUCCAAAAAAAGAGAAAGCUUUCCUCAUUUAGCACCUCUCUUAUGGCAUUCUGUUGGUACCAUAGCUAUAUUUCUAUAAGAAAUUGCAGUUGUAUAUCAGCAUUUACAACCAGCCUAGCUUACACAGGCUUAAUCUUCUAGAAUCUGCAGUGUUUUGGGAUUGCUACAAUGUCUUGCUCUACAUGUGUAAACAAGAUCUUGCUUCUUAAGAGCUCAUAUUCCAUUAUUUCUAUAUCCAUUUCUAAACACUAGUAACAAGAGCAAAGCGUUCGAAAACCUAAGAGUCACAAGUUUGGGUGUAAUAGGUGCUUUGGUGAAGGGAGAUGAUCCAGAGGCGAUUAAUUUUUUAAUGCAGACUGAAAUCAUUCCACUUUGUUUGAGAAUCAUGAAAAAAGGACAAGAACUCUCCAGAACAGUUGCUACAUUUAUAGUCUAGAAGAUCCUUCUCGAUGACAAUGGUCUCAAUUAUAUCUGUUAGACUCCUGAAAGAUUCUUUGCAGUCAGCUAAGUCUUACAAACCAUGAUUGAUGAUUUACAUCAAUCCUAAAAAGAUGACUAAAGAUUAUUGAGACACAUAAUUAGAUGUUAUUUGAGAUUAUCUGAAAACCAGAAAGCUGGGGAGGUCCUUAAAAAAUAUUUGCCACAAGUAUUAAAAGACCCAACUCAAUCUUUUAUUAAAGAUGAAGUGGUAAAAAAGUGGCAUAAUAAUUUGCUUCAAAAUCUUUCGAUCAAAUGAUAUAAUAAAUAUGUAUCUAAAAAAUAGAAAUCUUUGCUUAUUGACAAAUU